AUGAUUUGUGCAACUCUUCGCACCACGACCAUCGACCACAGCACGUUACAGCACAGCCGCUUUGCGCACCGAUACAAGGUCUGGAAUGGAUCAAGACGACGUUGGGGACAUGCUGUAGUAUCAAAGAGACGUCGCCAAGAUCAUACAAAAGGCAGCGAGACAAGAUUGCUCCGGGCGGAGCAUUGGUGCUCUCGUCCCACAUCGACAAUGGCUGCUUCGAGGACACACGCAGCAACGUCCGCGGCGACGGAACGCAAGACAGGGAGCAGUCAAAGUGUAACAUAUCUGCUUCUCAAACCGAUCCUGCUGCUUGCAUUCGCCGUGCUGCACAUCACCUAUCACCUGAUCCUCAUCACACGUCAAGCCGGCACCUCGAUACAAAAUGCCACCCGACGCCCACCCACCCGACCCCCAGCAUCAUAUACCUCGCUCGAAGACCUCCUCUCCGCACACGAUCAACCUCGAGACUCGAUACGCAUCCCUUCCCACCUCGCUGUCGUCCUCGCCGACACGGCGCCUUCGUCAAUACGACUGUACCUCUCGACGCUCUUCAUGCGCAUGCGGGAGCCAGAGACACGUUCUCGACAGACAGACAUGUGGAACGAGUUCAGGGUGCGAUACGAGACAGCUGUGGAGGCGAAGAGGGUGAGCGAUGCGGCGGCGGUGAUCCAUUUGGCGAGGGUGUGUGGGGUCGAGAAGGUGAGCGUGUACACGUCGGGGGCGAUGUCGAUGGAAGCGGUGGAGGCGUUGUGCGGGACGCUGCGGGUGGGGUACAAGACCAAAGCUGUCGUGAAAGGGACGGAGGUGGCACUUCGUGCUGAGGGGAUAGAGGCGGACGGAGGUAUGGAUUCGUGGUCAAGGUAUACGGGGUUGAGGAAACGAUCGAAUGCGAGCAAGUCGAGCGAUUCAUCCACAGGCUCUCCAGCAUCAAGCGACUCGGAAGCAGGCCCCUCUUCGCUCGACGAAACACUCGCUUCCUCCUUCACCGCCGACAACGAAGCGCAAGACGCCACCGCUGCCACCGUCGACAUCCGCAUCGGACUGCAUGCCUCUCCCUCUCCCAAAGAUUCUCCGGAAUCGGAAUCGAACCUCCAAGUCACCUUGCUACACAGCCGAGACGGUCAGCCACGCUUCUCCGAGAUCGUCAGCUCACACCUCCGAAACCUCGCAUCGAUGUACCUCUCCACAACGCUCCUCCCGGACAUGGCAGCCUCUCGCACGAAACGGUUCUCCGCGUCGUCGUGUCGCAAAAUGUGGAUCGCCAAGCGCAACGUGUUCACCUCGGAGCUCAGCGUUUGCCAGCUGGACGAGGCUCUGCUGCGGGAAGGGUAUCUGGACGACCCGGAUCUGCUCGUGGUGUGGGGAGCGCAGCAGCAACGUGGUGGAGGAGUGAAGAAGCUGUACGGGUUUCCGGCGUGGCCGUUGCGGGUGACGGAUCUGCUGUUCGAUCAGGGUGCGCGGAAAGCGGGGUAUGGCGGAGGAGAGUUUGUGGCGGCGUUGAGAAAGUUGGGCAAGAUGGAGCAGAGGUUCGGUCGAUAG